AUGAGAGUCCUAUAUUGGAAUAUCAGAGGCUUAGGAAGAUCCAAAGCCAAAGGUAAACUUUAUAGUUUAGUUAAAGCUUUUAUUCCUACUUUAGUUUGGAUUUUUGAACCUAAAAUAAGAGUGAAGUAUGAUUCUUGUUCAAGAUUAAGGCUUCCUGGAAUGAACAAAAAAAUUAUUCAUAAUUCUACUAAAUGUAGAAAGGGUAAUAUAUGGAUUAUGUGGAGUGCUUCAAUCAAUGAUCCAGUGGUAAUUUCAAAUUUUCCUCAAGCUAUUACAGUGGAUGUUAGAGGUCAUUUAGUAACCGGUGUUCAUGCAGCUUCCUUAACUAUUCACAGAAGAUCUCUGUGGGAGAAUUUAUCUUAUGAAAUGAUCAAAGCACCAAAAACUGGUUUGGAAUACUCUUGGUGUAACAACAAAGUGGGUGUUAAAAGAAUCUUGUGUUUGCUUGAUAUAGCACUAUAUAAUGUUAAGUGGCUUGAAGCUUAUCCUAGUCGGGGAUACAAAAUUGGUACAAGGGGUACUUCAGAUCAUAGUCCUAUCUUUGGUGGAAAUGCUAAUCUUCCUAAACCUACUAACAUUCCUUUUAGGGCUUUGAAGGUUUGGAUGACACAUGAAAGCUUCAGAAAAGUUAUUGAAGAUGCUUGGAAUACUGAAGUGAGGGGUAAUCCUGUUUUUUUUUCUCAACAAACUAAAAAAUCUGAAAAAGAUAAUAAAAGAGUGGAACUGGAAUGUUUUGGAGAUGUUAAAAAAAACUUACAAGAAGCGGAUGAAGAGGUUAUGAAAGCUUCUUUAAUGUCAGAUAGAAAUCCUGAAGAUAUUGUUCUAUUAAAUCAAUUAGUUACUGCAAGAGGUAAACAAGAAGUCAUUACUCAACAGAAGCAUGAAAAACAAAAAGCUAGAGUGAAGUGGUUAAGAGAAGGUGCUUCUAAUACUAAAUUCUUUCAUUUCACAGCUAAAGAAGUUAAUUUCUCAGAAGAUAUUUUUGAUGUUGUUCCAAGAGUGAUUACUGAUGAAGACAAUGUUAGUUUGGAAUCUAUUCCUAGUGAAGAGGAAAUCAAGAAAGCUGCUUUUGAACUUAAUCCUGACAGCUCCCCUGGACCAGAUGGUUUUGGAGGAUGGUUUUAUAGAAUGUCAUGGGAUAUCGUUGGUGCAGAUUUUGUUAGAGCAAUACAAUACUGCUGGACAAAGGAGUUUAUUCCUGCAUGUAUGGAUUCAAAUUUCCUUAUGCUUCUACCCAAAGUUAAAAAUGCUAGAAAACCAAAUCAAUUUAGACCCAUCGGUCUAAUGAAUUUCAGUUUCAAAGUCAUCACAAAGAUUAUAACAUCAAGAUUGAUUGCAGUAGUUGAUAAAGUUGUGUCUCCUCAGCAAGGGGCUUUUAUAAAGGGAAGGAAUAUCCAAGAGAAGAUUGUCUUAGCAUCAAAAAUGGUUAAUGAAUUAGAAACAAAGAGAAGAGGUGGAAAUGUAGGCCUUAAGUUGGAUAUAUCUCAAGCCUAUGAUUCACUAAUCUGGGAUUUCUUGUUUCAUACAUUAAAAAGUUUUGGUUUUUAUGGGAAAUUCAUCAACUGGAUACAUAUUCUUCUUAACUCAGCAAUGAUUUCUGUUCUUAUCAAUGGAGGGCCUGCAUGGUAUUUCAAGGUUAGAAGAGGAUUAAGACAGGACUUCCCUGACAGAUAUCUUGGGGUAAUGUUAACUCCCGGUAGUAUUAGAUCUAAACAUAUUUGGGGUUGUGUGGAGAUGUUACAAGAAAAUUUAGCAGGAUGGAAAGGGAAGCUGCUUUCGUUCCAGGAAAGGCUAAUACUAAUGAAGUUUGUUCUCUGCAGCAUUCCUAUAUAUAACAUAAGUGUAAAGGCUACAAGAAUAACUGAGAUUUUCUUCACCUUACCAGUCCCAUCUUUUUACCUUAUAUGCUGUGAUGGAACUUCAAGAGGAAAUCCUGGUGCAGAUGGGUAUGGUUUUAUCUACAGGAAGGGAGAUGAUGCAUUUGUAUUUGCAUUGUCAGGGGGCAUAGGUGUAGCUACAAAUUUCAUGGCAGAAGUAAUGGCAGUUAUUUGUGCAGGAGAAUGGGCAAUGCAACAUUUCAUUCACAGGGUAUGCUUUAGAACUGAUUCAGAAGCAGUAAUGUCAGCUUUUCAGUCCAAAAAAAUUCCUUGGUGGGUUAUUACAAGAUGGAACAACAUUAUUGCACAUAUCACUGAAUGGUAUUUUACCCACAGUUUUAGAGAAAUCUAUCCUUCAGCAGAUGCUUUGUCAAAGAGGGGUUCUGACCUUCCCAGUGGAGAGAAGAGAAGCUACAAUAAUCAACCAAAUUUCAUAACUUUGGAAGCUCCCGAUUGUCCUUACUAUAGAUUUAGCUAA